CACGCCGUGACCCACGAACAGAAGAGAGAACACAUUUCUCGUCGUGUAAUAGCCUUAUGCAUGCGGAAAGAAAAUAGCUGGAUUUUAUGUGAUUUAAACUGCUGUUUUAGGACUUACUAAUCGACCAUGCCACUCUUUGGGAAAAAGAGUGAAAAGCACAAGUGUAUAGGAGCUAAGUACGAGCUGAAGGAGGAUGAAGUGCUGGGAACUGGUGCCUUUUCUCAAGUGAUACUAGGAGAAGAGAAGAAGAACAAGGGCAAGUAUGUAGCAGUAAAAUGCAUAAACAGACAUCAACUCAAGGGAAAGGAAGAAGCUCUACAAAAUGAAAUAGAUAUAUUAAAAAGGUUAGAACAUCCAAACAUUGUCAGGUUACUAGAUGUUCAUGAAGAUAAACACUCAGUGUAUCUAGUCAUGGAACUGAGUUCACAACCUGAAAAUCUACUCUUUUUUGGACCACAAGAUGAUUCCAAGAUCAUGAUCAGUGACUUUGGUCUUUCAAAAACUGAAGAAUCUGGAACCAUGGCAACGGCAUGUGGCACACCCGGUUAUGUAGCCCCAGAAGUUUUAGCACAGGCACCGUAUGGUAAAGAAGUGGAUGUCUGGUCCAUAGGAGUCAUUUCUUAUAUCUUGCUAUGUGGAUAUCCUCCAUUCUAUGACGAGAAUGAUGCGGAGCUGUUUAAACAGAUUCUGAAGGCUGAAUAUGAAUUUGAGUCUCCAUAUUGGGAUGAAAUCUCAGACUCUGCAAAACACUUCAUUAGGCACUUGAUGUGUAAGGAUCCCAAGAAACGGCUGACGUGCAAGGAGGCCAUUGCUCACCCCUGGAUCUCUGGCGGUGCUGCUCUAGACAAAGAUAUCCAUGCAUCUGUCAGUGAACAGAUCAAGAAGACAUUUGCAAAACAAAAAUGGAGGCAAGCCUAUAAUGCCACCGCAGUUAUACGUCAAAUGCGUAAACUAGCCAUGCACAACAAGGAGAGCGAGACGGGAUGAGAAGAGAAACCGAGCAGCUAGAUCUGUUCCACCUUGUUGUAACCCAGGUUUGAUAGGGUGACGCAUUUAGGACCUCCUUCAGCUAGACAUCGAAG